AUGUCUUCCAUGCGCAAUGCCGUUCAGCGGCGAAACCACAAGGAGCGUGCCCAGCUCCAAGGCCGCGAGAAGUGGGGUAUUCUUGAAAAGCACAAGGAUUACUCGCUUCGUGCCAAAGACUACAAUGCCAAGAAGUCCAAGAUCAAGCGCCUCGAAGAGAAGGCGCGCGACCGCAACCCCGAUGAGUUUCACUUUGGUAUGAUGGGCGGUCACAAUCAGACGCAAGGGAAGCAUGGUCGAGGUGGCGCGGGACGAGUAUCCGCCGCAGGACUGAGCCACGAUGCGAUCAAGCUGCUCAAGACUCAGGAUCAGGGAUAUCUCCGAACGGCUGGAGAACGGAUACGUCGGCAGAUCGAGACCUUGCAGCGUGAGAUACAACUGCAGGAUGGCAUGAAUGACGCUUUGGGAGUGAAGACCCAAGAGAAGAAGAAAGAGCCAGUGGACGAUGAUGAAUUCGACGGAUUCGACGACCUAGACGACGAUGUUUUCGAUAAACCCACCAAGUCCAAGCCACGCAAGGUGGUCUUCGCCGAUGACCGGGAUGAACAAAAAGCUUUGAAGCAGCGGGGGAGUGAGAUGGCCGAUGCUACGGAAAGUGACGACGAGGCACUUGCCAAGACCCGAACCCCCAAGGAGAUCGCAGCAAAGCGGCAAGCCCUUGUCGAGGCUCGCCGAGCUCGCAAACUUCGAAAACGGGCCAUCGAGUCUCGUCAAAACAAGCUCACGGCGUUGCAGAAGCAGUACGAGGGCAUCCAAGCCGCUGAGCGGGAGGUGGAUUGGCAACGAGGCAAGAUGGACAACUCCGUGGGCGGAACCAACAAGAAUGGGAUCAAGUGGAAGAUCCGAGAGCGUAAGCGCUAA